AUGCUGCUCAAGAAAGACCGAUCUAAGAAGGUCCAAACUUUUGGUAAAAAGAAGAAAUCGGUAGCCGUAGCAUUAUGUACUCAAGGCAGUGGUUUAAUACGAAUAAAUGGCCAUUCACUAGAUUCCAUCGAACCGCCAGCUCUCAGAACUAAAGCAUUAGAGCCCUUGUGGAUUCUUGGUGAUGAAAGGGUGAAGAAACUUGACAUCAAAAUUAGGGUAAGGGGUGGAGGAUUUACUUCUCAAAUUUAUUCGGUUCGCCAGGCAAUUGCCAAAGCUGUAGUUGCUUACUACCAAAAGUAUGUUGAUGAAGCGUCGAAGAAAGAGAUAAGGGAUAUUUUGGUCGGCUAUGAUAGGUCACUUCUCGUGUCUGAUCCUCGCAGGUGUGAGCCUAAGAAAUUCGGCGGUAAAGGCGCUCGUUCGAGAUACCAGAAGUCCUACAGAUAA